AUGCCGCCGCCUGUAAUGGAGACCUUUGACACCGACCUCUUCACUCAGUUCCUGAAUGGAACCGACCUCGACAUCCCGUCCGCCCACAGCCCGACUGAGGACAAGUUCUCGCCAUCUUCCAGUCGACCCUCAACGGGGAAGCAUGAACGAUUCACUCUAUUCCCGCACUACGAAAAUAAACAACACCCGUUUGGAAACUACUGGACCUGUAUCGGUGGCUUGUCUGAGGUUGUGGGUGUUCUACCGAGUAAAAGCCAAGCAGACCUCCUCGUGGAGAAGUACUUCAACGCCGUCGACCCCCUAUAUCCAGUCAUCUUUAGACCCCAGUUCACCGCCGACUACGAGCUCUUCUGGGCGAAGUCCCUCGAUGAGAGGUGCGAGAGCGAUGCGGCCUUCAUCGCACUCAUGUUCAUCGUAUUCGCCUGUGGUACUCAACACGUCGACAACGUCCCUCCGGAUGAAAGAGUCCAAAUGAGCCAAUUUUACGUUAGUGCGUCGCAUCAAUCCUUGUGCUUAUUUUCGUACCUCAACCGAUGUUCCUUAUCGACUAUGCAAACCAUGGUCAUGAUCACGUACUAUCUGAUCAGCAACAACCACAUCUCAGACGCCUGGACUUUCUCGGGGAUGACUCAACGACAAGCUUACGGUCUUGGUCUGAAUCGGAACCCAGAUGUCGUCAGGCCUGACGACUCCUUUCUACAGAGACAGCAAUGCUGCAGGCUAUGGCAAGCCACCAUGUUCCAAGACACAAGCUUGUCCUUGUACUGCGAGAUGCCUCCCGGGACAACCUUCCACGACAUCGAUCCGACAUGCUUGCGAUGCCAUGAAUUAAUUCCAGGCCUAAGUCAACACGAUUCUCCAGAGACAUCGUCGCCCUUGACUGACUUAUCGACCAACUCUGUCGAUGACGAAUCACGAGUCAACGACGUCAAUUUCCUCCGCGCAAUGUGGGAGUACGCAUCAUGGUGCCAAAACAAAAUAUGCAUACCAAGGGCUCUUCAUCGAGGACUCUGCACGGAUGCCGCUCACAAAGCGCAACUGAUCUCAGAGUUCCGAUCCAUGUACUCGAAUUGGAGCCCGCCAUUCAACUCGUACAGCGAAAGUCGGUUCGGCGGCCAAGAUACACGUCUAUUGCGGCAAAUCAUCUCGGUCUCCAGCAACUUCUACUGGGUUCUUAUGUGUCUCUACAUGGACAAAGACGAGGCAGCCGGCUAUGAAUCCGACAUCUAUGGGGCUUUGGAAGCUGCUCACGAAGGCUUGUCUGCGUUCUUCGUCCUUGUGCGUUAUGUUCCUUCACAAGCUGAUACUUGGUGCGCUCAUCACACGCGAGCGUACGAACAUGCGACGACGGUAGCAAAUAUCCUUGCCACCCACGGCUUGAACCGCGAUGCUCGACUACUGCUUGCAAAAUCUGACCUUGAACGAUAUCUCGAUAUCUUGCUACGAGCGCGUGGGGCAUCGGACUAUGAACCGAUACGAAAGAAGCGGAUAGCGGAGAUUGAAGCCUUGCGUGCGUCUAUUAAAGACUUGUAA